AUGACGGUAUAUCUGGAAGUCCAGGCACACAGUCGACACAAGGAACUCCAUUGGCUUGUGGAGGAGAUUGUCAAGCCCAUGUUUCCUCGGCUCAUCGAAACUCUUCACCUUUGUUCAAACCUUCUUCUCUAUAAUUCGCCGGAACAUCCAGACCCAAAUUCCCAUAUAAAACGAGGACCAAGCAUCACGCUAGCCGUCAGUUCCGGCAAACUGGAGGAAUUGAAAGGCAUACUUGUCCGUGACGGCGCACAUGUGACCAAAAUCAAUGUUGUUUUGAAGGAGAAGCACUUCAAUCGUUUGGUGAACAGAGUCCAACUUGCAAAGCCAUUUUUGCUUCCGCAAAUCAUUCAGGCAAAACGCAGCAUUGACAAUGCUGUGGAGCUCAUAGUACGUGCGUUGUCGUUGUUGGACGCUCCGCCGGGAGAGCGUGGAGAUACAGCUUCUUCAUGCAAUCUAGAUGUAGAGUCCGAAACGGCUGCAGAUGUGAAAUACGCACAACAAGCACACAUAAUGCUAAUGUCUGUGUUUACUGAUCUUUUGCACGAGCUUCAGAUUGCGAAAAAUAGCUUACAGCUUCCUACAGAGCCGGCGCUUGUCUUCCCCAAACAUGUCACACCAGCAGGGAUGUUUGAGCCCGACAUUUCGAGUUCGGUGGCUGUGGAUGUCUACAUUAGCCAGGCAGAGGUCUGUGUUGACUUGAAAGAUCUACAUGUGGUUACAGAGAAACCCUGGUGUGAAAUUGACGAGACCACCGGAAAAUCAUACGCCGACCAGGUCCGCGAGCAAAUUCUGCGCAAAAAAGAGGUCGAAACAGAGCAGGAUGUCCGAGCAGCAGACGCCGGAGUGUUGGGUCUUUUCAAACAGCUUCUGCGGAAGCCUCGCUACGAGACUCAAGACUACAUUGCCCGAUGUGUCACCUUCAACAAGCAGGUGGUGAUUGUGAACAAGAAGAUCGAGGUGCUGACGGCAGAUCCUAUACUUGUGAGUGCAUUUACAAAGCUUGAUUCGGUGGAACACAUGGUCAGCAGCUUCUUGGAAAAUAUCAAGAAGCUCAUCUGA